UGGGCGGUGCCAUCCUGUGGGGCUCAGCUGCAGCUGCAUGGAAAACAGAGAAUCAACUGGAAGCAGCAUUCAUCCCACCCAGUAUCCGAUCCUACCGCAGGGCUAGCUUUACACGAGCCUGCAUGAGCACUACCAGCGUCAGUCAUUCAGCUGGCUUACCAAGAAAAAUGGCACAGUCGAAGCAUUAAAAGUGUCCUUCCAAAAUGUGAAAUUCUGCCUGCGUAGUGUGAACCAGCAGGGAAUAGACAAUCCUCAGUGGUUCGGCGGACGUGGUGGCUUUGCAAUAAGGAUCAUGUGGUGGGCCUGGCCAUUCCUGCCUGCUCUGGUGCUUCUCUCAGAGCUCUCUGUUGUGAAAGUUCAGACUGCGCCAUGCCAGACCUGCCGAAAACUCACAGAGAGUUUCAUUAAGGGCUUGGAGAGAACAGCUAACAAAAACUUUGGGGGAGGAAACACUGCCUGGGAAGAAGAAAAGCUGGCCAAGUAUGCACGCAGUGAAACUCGGCUCCUAGAGAUAGUGGAAGCUGCUUGUGAAAAAGCAGAUUUUGAAUGUAACCGGCUGCUGGAGCAGAUAGAGGACCAAGUGGAGACAUGGUGGUUCCACAGGCAGCAGGAGGCACCGGACCUGUUUGAGUGGCUGUGCAUAGAGGAGCUAAGACUCUGCUGUCCCCCUGGACGCUUUGGACCUGACUGCAAAGAGUGUCCAUCUGACCCUGGUGGUGUGUGUGGAGGUCUGGGCCGCUGCGAGGGGGAAGGGACUCGCCUCGGAGAUGGAGAAUGUGUCUGUGAUCCUGGAUACUCGGGCCGUCUGUGCCAGAGCUGUGCUGAUGGCUAUUAUAGAGAGAAAAGCUCCAACAACAGCAUAGGAGCCUGUGCAGCUUGUUACCACUCAUGUAAGAAAUGCGCGGGGCCACAGGACUACAAAUGCCUCGAGUGCAAACCCGGCUGGAUCCUUCAUGACAACAAGUGCGUGGACAUUGACGAGUGUGGUACAGAACUGGCUCGUUGUCCUUCUAACACCUACUGUCACAACACAGAAGGAUCAUAUGAAUGCAGAGGCUGUGACCAGGCAUGUGUGGGCUGCAUGGGUAGUGGUCCUGCCCGCUGUAAGAAGUGUGCACGUGGCUACAAAUUGAGUGGAGCGAAGUGUCUUGAUAUAGAUGAAUGUAGUGAUCGUGCAAUAGCAUGCCCAGGACUCAAUGAGGCCUGUACCAAUGAGGAGGGCUCCUUCCACUGUGACUGUGCUGAUGGAUUCAUUAGAAGAGAUAGCAUAUGUGUUGAGAAUAAGCCCCCUGCUGGCCCAGAGAAGGGGCUGUUUGACGAUAUGACAGAUGAUGAGGUCCUUGUGCUGCAGCAGAUGUUCUUUGGCGUUGUAAUCUGUGCCAUAGCAACACUCGCCGCAAAGGGUGACAUGGUUUUCACGGCCAUUUUCAUCGGCGGUGUAGCUGCUAUGGCCGGAUACUGGCUGACAGAAAAGGGAGACUUAAUGCUGGAUGGAUUUCUGAAGGGACGCUAGACUGUCUGGAGCCUUGAUUUGAGAAAGGACACUGGAAUACCAGCCAGUUAAAGUGAAUAAGACUCAACUGGGGGCAGGAGACUAUCCCUGUAAUGCUAGCAAUUCAGGGAUUUACUUGGGGAGUUACUUGAAAGGGCUUGGGUUCAUUUAUGUUUAUGAACAGCAUAAUACAGGAAAAGGUGAGAACUUGAAGGCUAUGAAGCCAUGAAUCUUGAAGAGGAAUAUCAAAGCAACACUGCACUGAUAUAAAGGGAACUGAACUGAAUCCCCUACCUCAAAUUUGUUGGGAACAAGGGUGACAUGAAAACCACUACUGAUUGUUUAAAAUCUAUUAUGCAUUUGGAUGUCUCAUCUGGCCUCGGUGUUGAAAUUGUGUCGUUUUCUUCCACACAGUCAAAACCUCCAGUCAUCAUGUCCAUCCUGUUUUUUUAUUAUCUCAAUGCUGUGAAGCAGAGGGUUUCCCGUAGACUGAAUGGUACGUGAAUUUUGUCUGUGUCAGGUUACUGAACACUCAAAGCUUCUUGCAAUGGGCAUGUGGUAAAAUAUGGAAUGUUUAGGAUCACCCCAAAGAGAAAGCUCAUCGAAACGCUGGGAUAUUUCCAUUAUGAGCCACUGGUUAUUUGUGUUCACAGAAUUACUUUUACCUCCUUAUUUACUGAAAGAUUCUUUUUAGUAAUAAUGCAUGAAAAUAGGAUUUGAAAUGACAGGUACUACACUGUAUGUAUUCAUUUAUUGAACUUUGGCAUGGAAGACUGACUUUAACAGCUGCUGGAUCACCAACACAACUGCUAUUGACCACUUCAUGUGUGUGAGGGAAUGUGCUUUGGUAAAUACCAGCUCUGAUCUGGAUGAUUAAGCCAUUUUUGUUGCCUUUUUAUUUAUUUUGAAAGCAAUAUUUAUUGGGAAGAUGUUUGUCAUAUUUUGCUCUUGACAUUUCCUCUGUGGAUUUUUAUGUGCAUUUUCCAUGCAGUUUUUUUUUUAUUCUGUUCAAUUGUAAUUCUAGCAGAUAUAGUAGCAUCACUUCUUACCUGACCAUCUACUGUCUUUGAUUUUCUUAGUGUGGAAAGUUUUCCAGUCAUUAUUCGUUAUAUAGAUGUUUGCUUUACAAUAAAAAGUCUGUCACUCCUCA